ACUGUAUCAGGAUAAACUGUACAGCCAGUAAAGGCCCUGAGACAAUCUUUGCUGGCUCAAGCCUCAAUGAUAAUGAGUGGCACACGGUGAGGGUGGUCCGACGUGGCAAGAGCCUCAAGCUCACUGUGGAUGACCUGCAGCCUGUUGAAGGUCAGAUGGCGGGCGACCACACCCAGCUCGAGUUUCACAAUGUGGAGACAGGCAUCGUGACGGAGAAACGCUUCAUGCCUGCCGUGCCCUCCAACUUCAUCGGCCACCUUCAGGGCCUGGCGCUGAACGGCAUGCCCUACAUUGACCUGUGCAAGAACGGCGACAUUGACUACUGUGAGCUCAAUGCUGUCAUUGGUUAUAAGAGCAUUGUGGCUGAUCCCAUCACCUUUCGCUCCCGGUCCAGUUUUGUCACGCUGCCCACGCUGCAGGCCUACUACUCAAUGCACCUCUUUAUGCAGUUCAAGACGACUUCCCCCGAUGGGCUUAUUCUGUUCAACAGGGGAGAUGGCAACGACUUCAUAGUCGUAGAGUUGGUCAAAGG